UUAAUGUUUGAAACUUGUUAUGGAAAAACAAAUCCACCCACCCUUGCAAUUCAGUUUCAUAUUCCCAUGUCCCCAACCUGUGAGAUAAAUUCAUUUGCUAUGGGUCCUCUGCCGCAAUGUUCCACAUGAACUAUCCUUUUAAGCCUUCACAUCAGUUAGAGUGGACAGAACCAAGUUGCACAGCGGAGGACGCAGCACAUUCUGACCCAAUUAUGGAUGUGAGAUUCCUCAUUAUAGUUUUGGCCGUUGGUGUUGGAGCAACACUCACCAUCUCGCUGGCGAAGGACACAGCGCAGUGCAAAAUCAAGUGGUUGUUUGGCAUCCCGUGUGAAGAGGUCUAUGGAACACUGGUGAACCAGAUCAAGGCCUGGCAGAUCCAACAAAGCUGCCUAGAUGCAGGAGAGAUGUGCUCAUAUGAACUUGUGUCGACUGCUCCGUACCUGAUAAAAGCCACGCAUACGUCACCAAGAACCAAGAAAGUCAAUGACCUGGAAUUUCUUCUGGAGCAGUCCACGAUUUGCAAAGUGACUGGAGAAGGAAUGUCUGAGACCUCCAAAGAUCCAGCUGAUAACAGUACCAACUUCUGCAGCCUCCAGAACUUGAUGGAUGGAAGUCACCUGAUUGAAGCUGAAGGAUACAAACGUUUCACCAACAAGUGGAUCUGCGCUGGCUUUGAGAAUGCCAACUGCUCAUUGCCAUGAACAAAAUAGAAAAACAUGAGAAUUGACGCAACUCGGAGCAGAUCAGAGAGAGACAGUAUUUACGAUUGCUUUUUAUUUUGAAAUAAUUUGAAAAAAGUUUGCAGAGUUACAAAUAGUAUACUGCCAAAUCUGAUAACUGAUCAAAUAUUACUACUGACUUUUUUUUUUUUUUUUAAGAAUCACCCUGGCUUCAACUUGCUAUAGAAAACAGAUGAAUAAAAGACAGAAAACGUGGGAA